AUGCUUUCUUCUCAAUUAAACACACUCGCUCCUUCAACUCCCAUCAAGAUGCACCAAAAAAUUGUUCAUAAAACCCUAAAAGGUAGAGUUGCGAAGAACAUAAAAAAGACGGUAACGUCUCCCAAAAAGCAGGUUUCUAGCCCAGAUGAGAUGGUGUCUAGCCCAGAGCCAACUUCUGCGACCUCUCCUAAUCAUCCCAAUCGACUCAUUCAUCGUCCCUUGAGCAAACAGCAAGCAGCUUUGCUUCGAGGAAUAAAGACUUCCUUGGAAAAGUCUAGCAAUCCCGUCGAACGCGUCGAACCCAAGCAAGAUCAGAUGGAUCUUGAUAAAAAGAUCGGAUAUCCUAUCCAGACGAAGACAUCUGGCAGAAUUCAAACGAAAAGGUCAGGAAAGUCAAAUAAACCAGUAUUCAACUCAAAAUUCACCAGAGAAACUACCUUUAGCGGAGUUGUCAAAAACAAGAAAGAGGCAAAGCCGGUGCUCCUCCCAAAUUUUUCGAAAUGUCCAAAGUCUCCUCUAGCUAUCUCGGAAGAUCGACUCUUGCAACUUCCAAAUGGCAAGGGUUUUGUUGCCUUGGGUCGGGAGGUGGUAAAAUUCGGGGUUGCGAACGUGCUGAGAUCCCUUGAAAGCGAUGCAAUGGAUACUGUCAGUAUACACUCUUGCGUGCCCUAUAAGCUCCUCGUUGUAUCUCUCGUCUAUCUAAUUGACUUGCUAUCAUCCAGAGAAGAUUAUGACUGGAACUACGACGGGUUCAAUGGAUAUCUUUUGGAAGAGCACAAUGCUAAAUGUGCACAAUUCCCAGAGAUGGAUUUGGAACCCGAGACCUUGAUACUUUAUUACAAGGGAGAAGUCAAUGAAUAUGGUAUUGCUUGA